AUGUCGCUCGUGCACUGUGCGUAAACUUUCAACUUUCAACUCCAGGGGUCACGAUGCAGCAAGUAAGGAGAAGUCCCCGGGAAUCCUGAACGUCUAUCAUCAACUCUCUUCACAACCCAGAUACCGACUGGGAUUUCCUAGCGUUUGCUGUGAAGUUCCUUUGUCAACAUGGAGAUCACAAGACACAACUUUAAGCAGGUGAUAGACCAGGUGUCAGAAGCUGUGGAUGAAGCUUCAUUUCUGUGCAUUGAUGGAGAAUUCACAGGUUUGAACAAUGGUCCAGCUCUACAUGGGUUCGACACACCUCAAGAACGAUACGACAAACUUAGAAAGGGCUCUUUGGAUUUCCUCUUUGUCCAGUUCGGACUGUGUGCUUUCAAAUAUGAGACUGAAGAAUCCAGGUUUGUGGCCAGACCGUUCAAUUUCUACAUCUUCCCUCGACCGUUGAACCGAAAUGCUCCGGACUGCCGAUUUCUGUGCCAGGCCUCCAGUUUGCAUUUUCUUGCUUCUCAGGGGAUGGAUUUCAACAAAGUCUUCAGAGAUGGCAUUCCGUACUUGUCUCCUGUUGAUGAGCAGCAGAUGAGAGACACCCUGGACCAAAAACACGCCACACAGCAGCUGCACUCCCCUCCCUUCACUAGUGGUACAUCCCAGACCUCCGACUCCAGCAGAUCCAUCCAGGUCCCAGCUGAACACAAGGACUUCAUUCAGCAGACUCUCACCAGAAUACAGUCCUUCAUAGACAGUGAGGAGGAGAGUCUUCAGUUGGAGCCCUGCAAUGCAUAUUUGCGAAAGCUGAUCUACUCAACAGUUAAAAACAAGUUUUCAUCUUCUGUUUAUCUGGAAACCAAAGUAGGAGAGCAGAACCAACACUACUUCAUUGAAGUCAGCAAAGCAAAUGAGGAAGUGCUGAAAAAGAGAGGAGAGGAAAAAAGACAACAAGAACUGGAUGAACUGGACGAUGCUGUUGGGAUGUCUAAAAUCAUCAGGAUGAUUUGUCAGUCGGGGAAACUUGUCAUUGGUCACAACAUGCUACUGGAUGUUCUCCACCUUGUCCAUAAGUUCAGCUACCCACUGCCUCAGGAAAUAGAUGAGUUCAAGUCUCUUGUAAACUGUCUCUUCCCAAGAUUACUGGACACCAAACUGAUGGCCAGCAUGCAUCCAUUUAAGGAACUUGUCUCUAACACUACUCUGGGAGACCUGGAGGCUACUUUAGGGAAAGAACCAUUCAAAGUGCCUGUCAUAGUGUUCCCUGAAGACUUCCCAGGCUAUGAGACAGCCCAGGAGCACCAGGCUGGGUAUGAUGCCUACAUCACGGGGAGGUGCUUCACUAUCAUGGCCAACUACUUAGGUAAAUUCAAGUCCCAGUCCAAACCUGCACUGCCUGGAUCAGCACUUUUGGAGCCUUUUGUGAACAAACUCUACCUGAUGAGAGUACAAGACAUUCCAUACGUCAAUCUUACAGGACAGGACUUAAAACCCAACAGAGACCAUGUCUUCCAUGUGACCUUCCCCAAGGAGUGGAAGUCUAACGACUUGUACCAACUCUUCCGACCAUUUGGACCAAUCUACAUUGCCUGGAUUGACGAUGUUUCAGCUUUUGUUGCUCUGAAUAAGAAGGACCAGUCAGAUCUGGCCUACAAAAUGCUAUGUGAGGGAGUGAGCUACCGAGUAAGGCGGUACGGAGAUCACAAAGAUCCAAACACUUCUCAUGGGCGGAAGAGACCCCUGUCACUCCCAGAGACCUUUGCACCUUGGAACGGGGAAGGAAAAAGGUUAAAGGUCACCAGUUCGGAUGUGGGCAGGUCAGUUAUUCUUUAUAACAUCUUGAAAAUGAUAAUGUUUCUGAAAAGACAAAAUCAAUAAAGAAUAAUGAAUCAACUAUGAUUGUGCUACUACAGUAACUGUAAACUUAGACAAUGACAAGAAAAUGAUGUGAAAGAUUCGUUGGCAUGAGGCAACAUGCUGGAAAUUAACAUUUAGUACUUUUGGCUCGAGUUGUAUCUCUAGCACACAGGACAUAGUAUCACUAUGCUAGUUUCUGCGCCAGUAUCAAAAGUAUAUAAUUUAUCAGAUUUAUGACUUUUUCUUUUACAAAAGUACAUAUUCUUUAUCCAAUGUUUGCUUUCCUGUUGUUCAUACGUUUUGUACCAUUGUUUGGACAUUUGAAGCUGUAUACAUGUUAAUUGGAUUUAAGCUGUUCCUUUGUUGAUUGGCUGUUCCAAAGAAGAGUGUCACCAGUGACCCAGCGGUGCAUCACCACCAUCCUGGAGGAGGCAGAGGACAAACCCACUACUGAGGCAGGGGGGGAGGGGGAGGAACAUCCGGAGGAAGAUGGGGAUGAAGAUGAAAAUGGGGAUGAAAUGAAAGAAGAAAAGUCGGAAGAGAAAACAAAUGAAGCUCCAAAGGCAUUGUUUGAGGAGCCUGAGGCAUGGUGAGGGGAACAGCUGGUAUAGCAGGCUUCACAGCAGAAGAAGAGAACAGCUGUACAGCUGUUGACUUGGAACAGCAGUGUGAAGUUUUUCCACAGCUAGUGAAAGAAUCAUUAUGAAUACCCUGUGAAAAGAUGUUAGGGAUGAUUCUAAACACAGCAACUUAAGGCUGGUGAGGAAACUGAUUUAAGACAGCUGCUGUGUAACUGGUGAAAGGGCUAGUUAGGACUGUACCAAAUUACCUUCUUGGUGGGGGAGUUACUAAGCAGUCUACACAGUAGAUGGUAAAGGAAAUGUGGAGUGUGACAUUUGUCCCCUUUUGGUAAGUGGAACAGUCUUUGAAACAAUCAUUUAUGGCUCUACACAAAUCUGCUGGCCUGGUUUAGUACAUAUUGUUGUGGUGGGGAAAAACCUAAAAGUCCCUCCAAGACGACAACAAUUGAGUGUUAUGAAUAUUUAUGUUUUUCUUUUUGUUACAGCCCUAUAUUUUUUAGUAUUAUUGUCAUCAUAGUAUGUGCUUAAUACAUGUAUGGACCAUCAGAUUUUGUACUUUGAUAAAUAUAAGGUUUUCUUGUAACCAUGAGAGGCAGUGAUGACAAAGGCUCCACCCACGAGGUGGCGUCAAAAAGUUUUACAUUUGUCAUAUUGUGGACUGAUAUGUUCAGUUUACCCAAUCAAGUUUCAGACAAAUUUACACAACACUGUUUAAAGACACCGUGUUAGAAAAGAAGUUCUUUACAACCAAAUCAAUCAACAUUUAAUCAACCAUUUCAACAAUUUUUGUUUAUUAACACUGGAAAUGAUACUUUUUAUGGUCGCAAGAAUCAGGUUGUUGGAAAUUUACUGUCAAAUAAAAGCACAAUCAUCUAUAUGUUACAUGGAAUAAGAACAUAUUUGUAUGGCAAGACAGAACAAUAAACAUUGAUGGUGGACAGUCCAGUGUCAGUCGUCCUUACAAUAUUGUAGAAAUAUGCCAAACCGAGUAUUUAUGUACUACAAUUCUAGGGUACAUGUCUUCAAUAAUAUCUGCAUUAAAUAGCAAUGCAGGUACAAACAUUACUACACAAUUUAGUCAAUAUACCACAUUUGACUAACACAUUCAAGGCUGCAGUUUCCAAAAAAGCCUCGAGGUGUCACUGCAGUUCCAAGGGAAGUUUCUGAAAUUACAAUACUCUGGUAAAUUCAACGGUUUUUGAAUGCUUGGUUUCAUAGGAUACUUCCUCAAUAUGCCACCGUUUCACUUUAUCUUUUUUCCAUAAUCAAACGAUGAGAUAAUAAAAAAGAUGAACUCUUUAAUAUUGUUUUGUUUUUUUCAUUUCACACAAGGAAGGCUGCGGGUAUGACCACAUGUUCUUUUCUACACAUAAUUUUAGCAACAAAGGAAUAAGGUGGGUUAGAUCUAUUUCUAGGCCGACUUCUCCCCAUAGACCAAUACCUGACUGAAGACGAAAGCCAAAGGGUAACCACUGUUUUAAACCAGAUAAUUGUGAAUGAGCCAAAAAAUAGUUGCAAUGGUUACAAAACCCAAUAAUGUCCCCGAACCCUUGUUUCAACUUGUUCCAAUGUUUGCGUGUGCUCUCCUUGCCGCUAAUGAUGAAUAAAAACCAUGACCCUAAUUGGUGUGUCUUGUAAGGAACAUCAGAAUUAGGUCAAAUCACACCAAGAAGUGACCAUGGUCGAGAUAACAGUAGAAAAUCCUGAUGUAGCCAUAUACUUGAUGUGACACUAGCCAUGGUGCUGAAUUUGAUGCUGCUGCCAAUUUGUAGCACUUCAACGGAAGUCUGCUUCUUUUAAUGUUAGUGUGCAUCGGUUGCAAUAACUAAGCAAUAGUAUUUACAAACUAUGAUUACAAAGCAUCCUCUCUGUGUCUGUGUUUGCUUGUCUGUUUUGCAAAAAAAAACUCUUUAGGAUUGGAAAUAAGACAAGAAGUCAUUGGCCCUUUGUGGGAGUGAUACGUUAACGUCUCGCUUCCUUGAAAUUGUUUCGAUUAAAGACAAGUGCGUGCCAUAAAGGCAAUCCAGCACCAAAACAUUACAAUAAGAGCCCGUACCUACCACAGGUGUGUUCCUAGGGACCUAAAGAUAAAGUAGACCUUCUCCCGCAGGUGUAAAAGCUUUUAAGGAGUGCAGAGACCAUAGCUGGGUCAGCAGCCUUAAUCUGCCCUGUGAGGGUUGUUAUCGACUCUCCAGGACUGGCCUUGCUAUAUCUGGCUACAGGAAAUGACUGGAAUGUGUUCUCAGGAGAUAGGUGGAUGAUACGUGAUUGCAUCUCUCGUGGUGCGUGUCCCAAGAAGGGGUUAACGUUGCAUCUUUAAGUAGCCUGGUAUCUAUCCUAGCUCUAGAUUGGACCUCUGAUUGCUUCUCUACAAUAUAAUUUGGCACCAAUGUGCACAUAAAGACUUCUGCUUCUUACGUUGUUAGAUACAUGUAGCUUGGAUAUAAAAUAUUUGUCAUAAGCAGUGUAAAACAAUGGUUAAUUUCCGAACACCCAUUACCAUUCUGUUACAAAAAAAAACGUGCAAAUGGGAACAUAUCAGACCACUAUAAUUCACUUCUUUAGAUUGUACGUCUUUUAGGUUGGGCAAGUCAUGAUAGAAAUAGAAGGCUGAAAGGAGAGAUCAAGAUAAAACAGGUUCAUGGUCAAACUUGAAUUCUUAUUUCACGUUGAUGAUUAUUCCAGCUCAGCAAUACUUUUACAUCGGUAUGGUGUUAGGAUGCUGUUAUAAAACAGCCCCAUCCCAUAUUUCACACAACUUUUGAAUACAAGUACCUGAAAACGUCUCUCAUAUCUAUUUAUCAACUACAUGUAUUGCAGUUUUCUUUCACUACUUUGUAUCAGAAGAGGUUUUUGUAGUUGUUAUUCUAUUCCUUGUAAUUGUAUCGAUGUUUGCAUAAGAAUCAUUCUAAAGUGCACAAUUAAGCGUCUUCUCCUAUAAGACGCCAUGUAUUUUACUGUUCUUGCUUUGAACAAAUAAACCAAUUAUUAGUAUAUAUAUGUAAGCUUUGUGAAGAAUUGCAUGUCAUAUGUGAGACAUGUAAAAUGUACCUCCCAGAUGAUGAUGUCCAUUAUAUGUGAUCCCCAAAUUCAUGUACCCUGUUUCAUGUCCCUCAAAGGAGCAUGACUGGAAUCCAGAACAAUUUAGAGAGAUAAAAAUAAAACAGGUUCAUGGACAACCAUUAUUUCAUAAGCUGAUAAGUGAUAAAACCCAUUCAACUAAAAAACAUUGCGCAUCUCAGGUGUGUGAUUUAAUGUGUGUACUUUCCUUCCCUACUACAACUGACAAUAUUCUAAAGACUGUUUUCACAUACAAUUGUAUAAUUCCAAUCUACUAUACAUUUGUGGCACACUCAGUUGUUUUGUAGAUAUCCAUGUGUUGUAAGAACAAGGAAAAGGAAUAAUUCAAACUUUUGUGUCACAAAAAUACAGGUUUGCGUUAUAGUUUGAUUGGUAAUUACAAUCUUCCAUCACUGAUAUACAGUCAGACAGAUCUUGGGUUUUCCUCCCUGAGUAUUACAGUCUGAUGUUACAUCACAUACUACUCAUCUUCAACAUGAAGCAAAUAUUGCACUAACAAUAUACCGUUAUACAUGUAUAUCUUUGGGCAGAGAUUGCAAUCUGGGUGAAUUCUUGAUUCUGCUGGUAUCCUUGAUUCUCCCUAUAAGAGACUCCAAUUGAGAUGCUACAUUUAGGAAUGUGUUAGGGUGAAUUCCAAUUCAUAAAUCCAGAGUUUCUAGUCAUUCCAUCAAUCUGAAGUGACACAAACCGAAGUUGAAAAGUUCUACCUUCUUGGUGAAUUGAUCUUAAAAUUCAGUCUCCACUUGGGAAAUCUACCGAUGCAGAAUGGCCCAUUCCUUUGGUAAGGAUCCUGAUAUUUAUCUCUACUGAGAGACUUUGAUCUAGAAUUUGGCACUUAUCCAAGAUUGCAAUCCAUACACUAACACUGACACGUAUACAAAAUUUACAACAUCACAAUAUGUACACUGAUGCAAUGGUAGAGUUAAUGUCAGAUUAUAAAUCAGCUAUUCUAAAGUGGGGAACAAGAAUUUCCCCCAAUAUUCUGUAAUUUUUUAGGAUUUUUGUGUUUAUCAAAGUGAAAAAUCAUGACCACUUUGUCAUCUUGACAGUCAAAAUUAAUGUCUAAUAUGACAAAAAAAAAA